CAAAGACCAGCUAGACAGACCGUUCUAUUUCGAAAUUGAAUGGUUGCAGUUAACGUUGGUGCCAGCCGUGCUGGGGAAUGCUGAGCAGCACUGCGAAAACGGCAACCCAGCGACUCGGAUCGUUACUGAUAUUGCAGCAGCGUACAUUCGCUACGCAACAAAGUCAUAUUGUCAAGGUUGACUAUUCCAAGUUUCCUUCGGAAUCUUCCUCGCAGCCCAAUCCCCCCAUUGUCAUCUGUCAUGGCCUGUUUGGUUCCAAACAAAACUGGAAGUCGCUCGCCAGAGCAUUCAGCAAGCGCCUGUCAACCGACGUCUAUACCCUGGAUAUGCGCAACCACGGCGAUAGUCCACAUAACCCGGUUCACAACUACAAUGUCAUGGCAGACGAUGUGGCAACGUUUUUACAGAACAACGGAUUGGAGAAUUCGGUUUUGAUGGGCCACAGUAUGGGUGGAAAAGUCGUCAUGAACUUAUGUCUGCGUCGACUUCAGCCUGUCGAGAAACUCGUUGUCGUCGAUAUGGCCCCUGCGGUGAAACGUCUUUCCAGCGACUUCGCCAGCUACAUUGGUUCCAUGGAUGAGAUCCAGAUGGCCAAACUCACGAAACGUUCAGAGGCCGAUACCAUCUUGAAAAAGGUUGAACCCGACCUCUCUAUCCGCCAAUUCCUUCUCACCAACUUGAAGAAGGACGACGACACCGGCAUCUACAAAUUCAGAAUCCCUUACAAGACCCUGGGCGAGUCUCUGGAUAAUAUGACCGCCUUCAUGGAUCACAAAAUGGAGCCUUAUGAUGGUCCUACCUUGUUCAUUGCCGGUGGCAAGAGCAAUUAUAUCAAACCAGACCGAGAUGGCGACCACAUACGUGAACAAUUUCCUAACAGUGAAAUCAAGGUCAUUGAGGGAGCUGGUCAUUGGGUUCAUGCCGAGAAACCCGAGGAAUUUGUCAACAUAGUGACUGAUUACUACAAAAAGCCUUAGAAAGAAUAUCCCUUUAUAGAUUUGCCCAUAGUUUGGAAAGAAAAUGAUCUACCCCAAAUAUAGUAGAGGUACCGCAGG